AUGAUUACUUAUCUUUAUAUUCAGUUCUAUUUUUUUAUCAUUGUCCUUUCUUUUCUCUUUCACGUUUCCUCUUUUCUUUCCCUUUUUUUCUUGAAACAAAUACGAUUUCACACACUGUCCGUCUGUAACAGAGAUAUACACUUUCUUCCUCUCUCUGGUUUUCUUUUGUGCUUUCCUUCUUUCUUCUUCUGUAUACAGUUCAGUUUCAAACACGAUUCAACUGCAACAGGUAUAUACACUUUCUUCCUCUCUCUGUUUUUCUUCUUUCUUUCUUCUUUACACAAUUCAGCUUGUAACAGAGAUAUAUACUUUCUUCCUCUCUGGUUUUCUCUUUUCUUCAAACGCAGUUUGUAUUCUCAGCGUAGAAAUUCCUUUGCGUCUUCUGUGAUAAAUAACGAGAGUUAUCGUCUUCAAUUUGGGGUUAUCGAACAGAAAUACAUGUUCUUAUAUUUCUUGUCCGGAGUUGCCUGGGAUGAAUUGGACAAGUUCCAUCAUUAUCAAAUGAGUCUCAUCUUUCCGUUCAUAAGUUAUCAGCGCUUCGAUUUCGACUCUUGCUCCUUCAAAGACAAGACAGCAACUGACUCCCAAGUAAUUUUCUAA